CGCUCGCCGCGCACCGCCGCCUGCAGCAGCAGCCGCCCCGGGGGGCCCGCGCCGCCGCGCCGCCAGCAACAACAGCCGUAGCGGGAGAAGGGGACGCCGUGCGGGGGUUAUGCAAUGGUCUCUGCAAGAUGGCUUGUUCUUGAGUUGGAGCUUUUUAAAACAAACAUAUGCUGGUACUUCAACUUUAUUAAGCGGACUAUAAUUUCUUCUCUCACAACAACUACAUAAGCAGACAAAAUUGCAAAGAUCUGCCCUGUUUCGAGUAUGACAGCCACGACCCGUGGCUCUCCGGUAGGAGGGAAUGAUAGCCAGGGCCAGGCUCCUGAUGGACAGUCUCAGCCUCCCCUCCAACAGAAUCAGACAUCUUCACCUGAAUCUUCCAAUGAGAAUUCCCCAGCUACUCCACCUGAUGAGCAGGGUCAAGGGGAUGCCCCACCCCAGCUUGAAGAUGAGGAGCCUGCAUUUCCCCACACAGACCUGGCAAAGCUGGAUGACAUGAUCAACAGGCCUCGAUGGGUUGUUCCUGUGUUGCCGAAAGGAGAAUUAGAAGUUCUUCUAGAAGCUGCUAUUGACCUUAGUAAAAAAGGCCUUGACAUUAAAAGCGAAGCAUGUCAGCGAUUUUUUCGAGAUGGGCUAACAAUAUCUUUCACAAAAAUCCUUACAGAUGAGGCAGUGAGCGGUUGGAAGUUUGAAAUUCAUAGGUGUAUUAUCAACAACACUCAUCGCCUAGUAGAGCUUUGCGUGGCCAAGCUAUCCCAAGAUUGGUUUCCUCUUCUUGAACUUCUUGCCAUGGCCUUAAAUCCUCAUUGCAAAUUCCAUCUCUACAAUGGUACACGUCCCUCUGAAACAGUUCCUGCAGGAGUUCAGCUGGCUGAGGAUGAACUUUAUGCCCGACCACCUGACCCUCGAUCACCAAAGGGUUGGCUAGUAGAUCUCAUCAACAAGUUUGGCACGUUAAAUGGGUUUCAGAUCCUGCAUGAUCGUUUUAUGAGUGGAUCAGCAUUGAAUGUCCAAAUAAUUGCAGCUCUCAUCAAACCAUUUGGACAAUGCUAUGAGUUUCUAACGCUACAUACAGUGAAGAAAUACUUCCUUCCAAUUAUAGAAAUGGUUCCACAGUUUUUAGAAAACUUAACUGAUGAUGAACUGAAAAAAGAAGCAAAGAAUGAAGCCAAAAAUGAUGCUUUGUCAAUGAUAAUCAAAUCUCUAAAGAACUUAGCUUCAAGAGUCCCAGGGCAAGAAGAAACUGUAAAAAACUUAGAAAUAUUUAGGUUAAAAAUGAUACUUAGAUUGUUACAAAUUUCUUCUUUCAAUGGUAAAAUGAAUGCACUAAAUGAAGUUAACAAGGUGAUAUCUAGUGUGUCAUAUUAUACUCAUCGGCAUGGUAAUCCUGAAGAAGAGGAAUGGCUUACAGCAGAAAGAAUGGCAGAAUGGAUCCAACAGAAUAAUAUUUUGUCAAUUGUGUUACGAGAUAGUCUUCAUCAACCUCAAUACGUAGAAAAGUUAGAGAAGAUUCUUCGGUUUGUCAUCAAAGAAAAAGCCUUAACUUUGCAAGAUCUUGACAACAUUUGGGCAGCACAGGCAGGAAAACAUGAAGCCAUUGUAAAGAAUGUACAUGACCUCCUUGCAAAGCUGGCUUGGGAUUUCUCUCCUGAACAACUUGAUCACCUGUUUGAUUGUUUUAAGGCAAGUUGGACAAACGCAAGCAAAAAACAACGUGAAAAAUUACUUGAGUUAAUCCGUCGUCUUGCAGAAGAUGACAAGGAUGGUGUGAUGGCACACAAAGUAUUGAAUCUUCUGUGGAAUUUGGCACAUAGUGAUGAUGUACCUGUUGAUAUCAUGGACCAGGCUCUUAGUGCCCAUAUUAAAAUCUUAGAUUACAGCUGUUCACAGGAUCGGGAUACCCAAAAGAUACAGUGGAUAGAUCGUUUUAUAGAAGAGCUUCGCACAAAUGAUAAAUGGGUCAUUCCUGCACUGAAACAAAUAAGAGAAAUUUGUAGUUUGUUUGGUGAAGCACCACAAAAUUUGAGCCAAACUCAGCGAAGUCCACAUGUGUUUUACCGCCAUGAUUUAAUCAAUCAACUUCAGCACAAUCAUGCCCUAGUUACUCUGGUUGCAGAAAAUCUUUCUGCGUAUAUGGAAAGCAUGAGACAGUAUGCUAAAGAGCAUGGAGAAUAUGAUCCACAAACUGUAAGACCAGGAAGCAGAUACAGUCAUGUACAAGAAGUACAAGAGCGACUUAACUUCCUACGAUUUUUAUUGAAGGAUGGUCAGCUGUGGCUCUGUGCCCCUCAGGCGAAGCAAAUAUGGAAGUGUUUAGCUGAAAAUGCAGUUUAUCUUUGUGAUCGUGAAGCCUGUUUUAAAUGGUAUUCCAAACUAAUGGGGGAUGAACCAGACUUAGACCCUGACAUUAAUAAGGACUUCUUUGAAAAUAACGUGCUUCAGCUGGAUCCUUCCCUAUUAACAGAAAAUGGAAUGAAAUGUUUUGAACGUUUCUUCAAAGCUGUGAACUGUCGAGAAGGGAAAUUAGUAGCAAAGAGACGAGCCUAUAUGAUGGAUGAUUUGGAAUUAAUAGGAUUAGACUACCUUUGGAGGGUUGUGAUUCAGGGAAAUGAUGACAUUGCCAACAGAGCAAUAGAUCUGCUUAAAGAGAUCUACACUAAUCUUGGUCCAAGGUUACAAGUUAAUCAGGUGGUGAUCCAUGAAGACUUCAUUCAGUCCUGCUUCGACCGUUUAAAGGCCUCCUAUGAUACAUUGUGUGUUUUGGAUGGAGAUAAAGACAGUAUUAACUGUGCAAGGCAAGAAGCAAUACGAAUGGUGCGAGUGCUGACUGUUUUAAGAGAAUAUAUAAAUGAAUGCGACAGUGAUUACCAUGAAGAGAGGACAAUUUUACCUAUGUCAAGAGCUUUUCGUGGUAAGCAUAUCACACUGGUAGUUCGUUUUCCAAACCAAGGUCGUCAGGUUGAAGACUUGGAUAUUUGGUCUCAUACAAAUGACACAAUUGGUUCAGUGCGGCGUUGUAUUCUCAACCGUAUUAAAGCCAACAGUGCACAUACAAAAGUGGAACUGUUUAUUGGUGGUGAGCUGGUAGAUCCUGCAGAUGAUAGGAAGUUAAUUGGGCAAUUGAAUCUCAAGGAUAAAACGCUAAUUACAGCUAAACUUACACAGAUAAGUUCCAAUAUGCCUUCAAGUCCAGAUAGCUCUUCUGACUCUUCAACUGGUUCACCUGGCAACCAUGGCAAUCACUACAGUGAUGGUCCAAACCCUGAAGUUGAAAGCUGUUUGCCUGGAGUGAUCAUGUCACUGCAUCCUAGAUAUAUCUCAUUCCUUUGGCAAGUUGCAGACUUGGGCAGUAGCCUAAGUAUGCCACCUCUAAGAGAUGGAGCACGUGUCCUUAUGAAACUCAUGCCCCCAGAUAACACUACAGUAGAGAAACUAAGAGCAAUUUGCUUGGACCAUGCAAAACUUGGUGAAAGCAGCCUUAGUCCAUCCCUUGAUUCUCUUUUCUUUGGCCCUUCUGCCUCACAAGUGCUAUAUCUAACAGAGGUGGUCUAUGCCUUGUUAAUGCCUGCCAAUACACCUCUGGGAGAAGAUGCCAGUGACUUCCAAUACAACAUCUUAAAAAGCGGUGGUUUGCCUCUUGUGUUGAGCAUGCUGACUAGAAAUAACUUCCUGCCAAAUGCAGAUAUGGAAACUCGCAGGGGUGCCUAUCUUAAUGCUCUAAAAAUAGCCAAACUGUUACUAACAGCAGUUGGCUAUGGUCACGUUCGAGCCGUGGCAGAAGCUUGUCAACCAGCUGUAGAGGGUACAAGCCCAAUCUCACCGAUAAAUCAGGCUACUCAUGACCAGGCAGUGGUGCUACAAAAUGCCCUACAGAACAUUCCCAAUCCAACUUCAGAAUGCAUGCUAAGAAAUGUAGCAAUACGUCUUGCACAGCAAAUAUCUGAUGAGGCUUCAAAAUACAUCCCUGAUAUCUGUGUUAUUAGAGCAGUGCAGAAAAUUGUAUGGGCAUCAGGGUGUGGAUCAGUACAGCUGGUGUUCAGUUCAAAUGAGGAGAUUAGUAAAAUUUAUGAAAAGACAAAUGCAGGCAAUGAACCCGACAUGGAAGAUGAGCAAGUUUGCUGUGAAGCACUGGAGGUGAUGACCCUGUGUUUUGCUUUGAUUCCAACCGCAUUGGACGCACUUAGUAAAGAAAAGGCAUGGCAGACAUUUAUCAUUGACUUACUGUUGCACUGUCACAGCAAAACUGUUCGUCAGAUGGCACAGGAGCAGUUCUUUUUAAUGGCUACCAGGUGUUGCAUGGGACAUAGACCUCUACUUUUCUUCAUUACUCUGCUGUUUACUGUACUAGGGAGUACUGCAAGAGAGCGAGCUAAACACUCAGGAGACUACUUCACUCUGUUAAGACAUCUUCUCAACUAUGCUUACAAUAGUAAUAUUAAUGUGCCCAAUGCUGAAGUUCUACUUAAUAAUGAAAUUGACUGGCUUAAAAGGAUCAGGGAUGAAGUGAAAAGAACAGGAGAAACUGGUGUUGAAGAGACUAUCUUAGAAGGCCACCUUGGAGUAACAAAAGAAUUAUUGUCAUUCCAAACCCCUGAAAAAAAAUACCAUAUUGGUUGUGAAAAGGGAGGUGCUAAUCUCAUUAAAGAAUUGAUAGAUGAUUUCAUCUUUCCAUCUUCUAAUGUUUAUUUACAAUACAUGAGAAAUGGAGAAUUGCCUGCUGAGCAGGCCAUACCAGUGUGUAGUUCACCAGCUACCAUUAAUGCUGGUUUUGAGCUGCUGGUUGCAUUGGCAGUGGGAUGUGUCCGAAACCUGAAACAGAUAGUAGACACCUUGACUGAAAUGUAUUACAUUGGUACAGCAAUAACUACUUGUGAAGCGCUUACAGAAUGGGAAUAUCUACCCCCAGUUGGGCCUCGGCCGCCAAAGGGAUUUGUAGGCUUAAAAAAUGCUGGUGCCACUUGCUACAUGAAUUCUGUCAUUCAGCAACUAUACAUGAUUCCAGCCAUCAGGAAUGGGAUUCUUGCAAUUGAAGGCACAGGCAGUGAUGUAGAUGAUGAUAUGUCUGGAGAUGAGAAACAGGACAAUGAGAGCAAUGUUGAUCCACGGGAUGAUGUGUUUGGCUAUCCACAUCAGUAUGAAGACAAACCAGCAUUAAGUAAAACGGAAGAUAGGAAAGAAUACAAUAUUGGAGUUCUGAGACAUCUCCAAGUCAUUUUUGGCCAUUUGGCAGCUUCUAGACUACAGUACUAUGUACCAAGGGGGUUUUGGAAACAAUUCAGACUUUGGGGUGAACCUGUAAAUCUACGUGAACAACACGAUGCUUUAGAAUUUUUUAAUUCCUUGGUGGAUAGUUUAGAUGAAGCAUUAAAAGCUUUGGGCCAUCCGGCUAUGUUAAGUAAGGUUUUGGGAGGGUCCUUUGCUGAUCAGAAAAUUUGUCAAGGAUGCCCACAUAGGUACGAAUGUGAAGAAUCUUUUACAACCCUGAAUGUAGAUAUUCGAAAUCACCAAAACUUGCUUGAUUCUUUGGAACAGUAUGUCAAGGGAGACUUAUUGGAAGGUGCAAAUGCAUAUCAUUGUGAAAAAUGCAAUAAAAAGGUUGAUACGGUCAAGCGCCUGUUGAUUAAGAAGUUGCCUCCAGUUCUCGCUAUCCAGUUAAAACGUUUCGACUAUGACUGGGAAAGGGAGUGUGCAAUCAAAUUCAAUGAUUACUUUGAAUUUCCGCGAGAGCUGGACAUGGAGCCUUAUACAGUGGCAGGGGUAGCUAAAUUGGAGGGAGAUGAUGUAAAUCCUGAAAAUCAGUUGAUACAAAAUGAACAGUCAGAAAAUGAGCACUCUGGGAGCACUAAAUACCGGCUUGUUGGUGUACUAGUACACAGUGGUCAGGCCAGUGGUGGACAUUAUUACUCUUACAUUAUCCAGAGGAAUGGUGGAGAUGGUGAGAAAAAUCGAUGGUAUAAAUUUGAUGAUGGAGAUGUAACUGAGUGUAAAAUGGAUGAUGAUGAAGAAAUGAAAAAUCAGUGUUUUGGUGGGGAAUACAUGGGAGAAGUAUUUGAUCAUAUGAUGAAACGUAUGUCCUACAGACGCCAGAAGAGGUGGUGGAAUGCUUACAUUCUUUUUUAUGAACGUAUGGACACAAUAGACAAAGACAAUGAACUAAUAAAAUAUAUUUCAGAACUUGCUGUUGCCACUAAACCCCACCAGAUUAAAAUGCCAUCAGCCAUUGAGCGAAGUGUACGGAAACAGAAUGUCCAGUUCAUGCAUAACCGGAUGCAGUACAGUCUAGAAUAUUUCCAAUUUAUAAAGAAACUACUUACUUGUAACAGUGUCUACUUAAAUCCUCCUCCAGGACAAGAUCAUCUGUUGCCUGAAGCAGAAGAAAUAACUAUGAUUAGUAUUCAGCUUGCUGCUAGAUUUCUCUUCACCACAGGAUUUCACACAAAGAAAAUAGUCCGUGGCCCUGCUAGUGAUUGGUAUGAUGCAUUAUGCAUUCUUCUUCGUCACAGCAAGAAUGUACGCUUUUGGUUUGCACACAAUGUCCUUUUUAAUGUUUCAAACCGCUUCUCUGAGUAUCUUUUGGAAUGCCCUAGUGCUGAAGUGAGAGGGGCAUUUGCAAAACUUAUAGUAUUUAUUGCACAUUUUUCAUUGCAAGAUGGGCCAUGUCCUUCACCUUUUGCCUCUCCUGGACCUUCUAGUCAGGCAUAUGACAACUUAAGUUUGAGCGAUCACUUGCUGAGGGCGGUACUAAAUCUCCUUAGAAGGGAAGUGUCUGAGCAUGGGCGUCAUUUGCAACAGUAUUUCAAUCUGUUUGUGAUGUAUGCCAAUUUAGGUGUAGCAGAGAAGACACAGCUUCUGAAAUUAAAUGUACCUGCAACAUUCAUGCUUGUGGCUCUGGAUGAAGGCCCAGGUCCUCCAAUUAAGUAUCAGUAUGCUGAACUGGGCAAAUUGUAUACUGUAGUGUCACAACUAAUCCGCUGUUGCAAUGUGUCAUCACGCAUGCAGUCUUCUAUCAAUGGUAAUCCCCCACUUGCCAACCCAUAUGGUGAUCCUAAUUUAUCACAACCUAUAAUGGCACUUCAGCAGAAUGUGGCAGACAUUCUGUUUGUACGAACCAGUUACGUGAAGAAGAUUAUUGAAGACUGCAGUAAUUCAGAAGAGACCAUCAAAUUGCUUCGUUUUUGCUGUUGGGAGAAUCCUCAGUUCUCUUCAACUGUCCUCAGUGAACUUCUCUGGCAGGUUGCAUAUUCAUAUACUUAUGAACUUCGACCUUAUUUGGAUCUGCUUUUACAAAUCUUGUUAAUUGAGGACUCUUGGCAAACUCACAGGAUUCACAAUGCACUUAAAGGAAUCCCAGAUGACAGGGAUGGGCUAUUUGACACCAUUCAGCGUUCAAAGAACCAUUAUCAGAAAAGAGCCUACCAGUGCAUAAAGUGCAUGGUAGCCCUUUUCAGCAACUGUCCUGUAGCCUACCAAAUACUGCAGAGCAAUGGAGAUUUGAAGAGAAAAUGGACCUGGGCAGUAGAAUGGCUUGGAGAUGAGCUUGAGCGUAGACCAUACACUGGCAAUCCCCAGUACACGUAUAAUAAUUGGUCUCCACCAGUUCAGAGCAAUGAAACAUCGAAUGGUUACUUCUUGGAGAGAUCACACAGUGCUAGAAUAACCCUUGCAAAGGCUUGCGAACUCUGCCCAGAGGAGGAACCAGAUGACCCAGAUGCUCCGGACGAACAUGAGUCCUCUCCACCAGAAGAUGCCCCAUUGUAUCCCCACUCACCUGGUUCCCAAUAUCAACAGAAUAACCAUGUGCAUGGACAGCCGUAUACAGGCCCUGCAGCACAUCAUAUGAACAAUCCUCAGCGAACUGGCCAACGAGCACAAGAUAAUUAUGAAGGCAGUGAAGAAGUUCCCCCGCCUCAGACAAAAGAUUAGUGAAAUGCACAUAAUCAAUUAACUUGCUCCAUCAAGACUGUGCACCCAGGCCUUACAGUCCAACCUUUCUCUGUGUCUGGCUAAUAUUUAAAACUAGAAAAACUAUUCCUAAUCAACAUGGAGUGGAGAGUCUAUUCACUGUCUUAUCUGCAGAAAAUUGCUGUCAAUAUAUAACCCGCCUGCAGUGGAAAGUGUAUAGUGUUUUGUAAUAAAUGGCCUGAUGCUAAUGUGUAAAUGGCAAAGGUGUAUAUAGUAUAUUAAUGUUUGACUGUUAAUUCUUAAGCAAGAAACAUUUUUUUUGUCUUGAUGAGACUCACAGAUCUACGAAAACAAAAAUUAAUUUCUUGAUAUAUCCGCUGCGCUCUGCAACCAGUGUUGCCUGCCUCAUGGCAGUUGGAUCAACUCCUUUAUGAAAAAGCCUGUCCAUGUCAACCACAAAAAUAGUUUCAUGUUAAUUCUUUGCCACUGGAGUCGAUUUUACUAUGAGCAACGUAAUGGCUGGUAACCUUUUAAUUAUUUGGUUGAUGUGGAAAAUUGGUGAUGUAACAUUGUUUCUAGAUCUUUUUUCAUUGCCUUUUUCAUUCUGGUAUUAGGUUAAUCACUUUGAAGCUAUAGUUAUGCUGUAACAUUUAGCAUGGCUUCACACCAGGUUAGUGUAGCCAAUGAGGGAAAGGAAAAAAAAAACCAUGACAGCAGUUGUCCCAAAGCGACAACUGUAUUGCUCGGAGCUUUCUCUUCUUACACCUAGACUAUAAAAAGGGGGGGAAACCGUGACAAACAAAAAGGUUUUCAGUUGCACAUAUGUUCCUCACAUCUGAUGUUUGACAGUUCUGUCUCUGGGUGGGAUAAAGAACACUUAGUUUUCAGUAAUAGGAAUUUAAAAGAUUUAAAACAAAUAUGCAAAAAUUUGCUAUGCCAGGAUGCCUGGAGCAUAAUAGACUGUAUUUGGUGUGCUUGUUUUGUUUCUUUGGUAGAGCUUAUUAGAUAAACUUCUAACACUUUCCUUCUACUGCAUCCCAGUGAAGUGGAAGUCAACAAAAUCACACAGUACUUGUGAGUGCCACUGCACCAAGUUAACUUGCUGGUUUUCUGCUCAUUCACAGUUCUACUUGAAAGCAGGAAUUGUCUUAGCUCUUUAUCCAUUAUACAAGAAAUCUUAACGUUAGAAGCAGGGUUUAAUUAUAAAAGAAACUACUGGUUAGUCAAAUACAAUUCUGAGGUAUCUAUUCCAGAAUAACAUUUGUUUAAAGUCUUCAAGAAACGCAUCAGUAAAUACUGUAUUUAAAUGAAAAUUGGUAACUUGAAUGUGUGUAAUUUUUUUGGAACCUGUCUAAACCAAAUACCCCUGCAAGACAGAUACAGCCCACCCUAUACUAUUUAAAUAUUUUGCUGUUUUAUUUUAUAGAAAUUAUUUUGCUGAAUUCACAAAUAGAAUUUGAUUUAAGAAGAAUGUUUUGUCCUGUGGUGUGUUUUUUGUUUUGUUUUUUUUAAAUGGACUGCGCAGAACGUUGAAUUCUGUGCAAUGGCACCAUGCUGAAUUCUGGAACUUCAGUCACAUUGAGAAUUCUGUGCACAAAAAAAUUGGCCCCUGACUUAAGAAUAAAAAAUUAGGACAAUUACACUGUAAAAGUUUCUUAAUGUGAUUUAUCUUGUACUUUUUGUAUGUUUUUAUAUAUACAUAUAUAUAUUUAAUGAGCACAAGCUUUGAUGGUGUUUUUUACAACUGAGUUGAUAGAAACAAAGCUGCUUAUCAAACUAAAGGUCUGUAGUUUUAAAAUGAACAAAGGAAAAAUUAAUCACCAGUGCAUUUUUAUGCAUUUAGUGUAAUAAGGAAGGGGUGUAGAUAAGAUUUUUGAAUAUUUUAUGUAGCAGUGAUCAUCACUUUUAUGCUUCCAUGUUUUCUCUAGUGCUCAACAGUUUAAUUCAGACUCAUGGUUUUUUUAGUAAUACUAUCUUACCUGGACUUGCUAAAUUUGGUUGAAAUUUUCCCAUGCCAGUUUGGGAAUUAAUAUUGGAAGUUUUAACGCAAAGCAUUAGCCUGCGUAUUAGAAUUGAAGUAGUUCAUAUUUAUUUGGACCAGUAAUUAUUGUUAAAUGCUCCAUCUCAAAGGUGAUUAUGUAUUUUUUACUAUUCAGGAAAAAAAUAUGUAAUGUGCUAGUUCAGCCUUGCCAAAUGUGUUUGAUUUUUUUUUUAACAGUGCAAUGAUUGUAGAGACAUGUAAAACCUGUGACAUUUUAAGGAUGUGAGUUUUUGUUUGUUUUUUUUUUUUCUCCUUCCCUGAAAUAGGGAUUUAUGACUUUGGCAAUGAAUUUUCAGGGGACAAGCUGUGAGGGUAUUGUGCGUCUCUGUUGCUUUAAAGAAGGCUGGCUGAUGUUACAGCUUUUCAACAGAGAUGGCUACGCAAAAAAAAGGUGUAGUGGGACAGAGAAAUACUUUUUUCACUCUGGGCAAAACGGUUUCAAAACUGUUUAAUAAACAUUGUGCUAGAAAAAAGUUUAAUAUGCCUGUUACUGUCACAGCAUUAUUGCAGUGAUCAUUUUCUAGCUAUAUACAGUACCUCAGUCUUGAUGGCACACUAAAAUACAAGUCCUCGAAGUGCCUAAAGAUUUAACCCCCCCCUUUAAUUUUUAUUUGUAUUUUCUUUUUAGAAAAGUUCCUAGAAAAUCUCUGGUCUUCCAUAAAAUGAUCCAAUAAAUAAUAAAGCAGUUUCUCAUUUUCCUGACAAUUUGACAUUAAAUGCAUACAAAUUGAACAUUUAUAGGUAAUGAUAUGUGGUUUUACUCUUGAAAAGUAUAUGUAUAAAUAGCUGUACCUUACCCAAAAUAACUUGUCCCUCUAUGUAUUUGGAUUCAUGGUUGUUGCCUUUAGUGACUAAAGUAAGUUUUGGAUACUUGUUUCUUGUUAGUGCUGCAGAAGCAGCACAGUUGUGUGAGACAGGAAUUCUAGUCCUACUUAUGCAUCAAUAAAAGUACUAAGUUCUAAUUACAGAGCUAAUGAGCUGCUUCUGUGUAAACCCAAGGGUGAAAUUAAGUUUGUAUAAAGUUCCGUGAGGGCAUACUUUUUACAUGUGAAUUUGUAGUACUUGUGAUGAUGCAAAAGGAGGAAAACACCUAAUUGGACUGGAGAUUUCUGACUGAGUUCAUAGGCCUGGCACCUCAGGAGGAAGGAAUUAAACACCUUUGUAAAACAAUGUAUUGUUGAGAUUGAGACAAACAUGCUAUUCCCUCUGGAGGUGUGUAGGUAGUUUUUAGAGUGAAAGAGCCAAACUAAAAACAUUGAGUUAAGGUUACUAUUAUUUGCCUUCUCAAUCACCCUGUUGUGCCUGCUGUGUGUGCUUCAUUGCAUGUGCUAUGGAAAAGCAGUUACUAUUGCAGAACCCUCUGACAAAUUCCUAUAGUCCUGCAGAGAACCAGGUUUGUUAUCCUGCCAAAGCUAAAUGGGCUGAAAUUGAGCCACCAUACCAAUUUAUUUAAUUCUUUUUUUGGUUUUUAUAUUGUGAAUACUUUUUUUCUACCUCUCAGAAUCCUUUGCCAGCAAUAAAACAUGCUGGUAACCAUAUAUCCAAGCAAAAUUAUUCAACAUGUUAUAGUGUGUUUUCCUUGUCUUUGUAACUCCUGCUAACAUUAAUUUUAGUACCCGAGUGCUGCAGUUUUGCAAUGCUGGCAUUAUGUUAAAAACAAGUUAGAAAAAUGUCCUGUUAAACUUUUAAUAAAUAAAGGGAGAAAUGUGAUAUGAGGAAAUUCCUAGAGUAACUGUUAGGUAACUAAAUAUUUUUUUCACUUACAGUAAAACUAAAUUAGGCCAUAUUUCAGUAAACAUCAUCUUGAAAGCAGAUUUCCAUUGAUGCUGUGGGCUGAAGUAGAUAAAUUAUUUUGCCAGAGAUGGGGCUCUUCCCUUUGACUUCACAUCUCUUGAAUCAGCCAAAGGGUGUUAUGUCGUGACUGGCCCUGCCCCAGCAUCGGGUAACAGGGAUACAUGAUGACUUUUACUGUUCCCACAGCCUAAGGCCACAAGUGUGAAGAACAAACCAUUCUGCUGUCCAGAACAAGAUGCAGGGAUCUUUAGAGAGGUUACCACCUUGGAAAUAAGAUAUGCUACAUUGAGGCUAACAUAGAAAUAAAGUGAAAGUAAAUGGUUUUGUCACCUCUGGGCUCAAAGAAAGCUUUGUCCUUCCUUCCAGCUUUUCUUUGCUCUUCUCACAAGUAAUCUUAAUGUUGAAGAAAAGUACAGAUGUGGCUUCCUAAAGAUCAUGUCUGACUCCUGGGUAGUGGCUACUUUUCAGUGUCCAUGUACAGCUGAAAUGGGACCAUUCUGUGGCAGCAGUCGCAGACAUGGGGCAAAUAAAUGCCCUAACCCCCUCAGGGCAUCUGUGGCACUGUCCACGUACUAUUUUCUGGGGAUUCUUAUAUCCACAUGUUUCUCUAAGCUGAGGGCUCUCCCUUUUAAUAAGGACUAUAGAAAAACUCUACUGUAUAAAAGGGCUUUAAUCCGUUCUUAAUUAAGUAUUGUCACUUUUAGCACAGUCCAGCUGUUUUUAAGAUACUCUAAACAUAUGUUGUGUUUUUAAUUUGUAGAGCUGUCCCUUGGACUAACAGAUCUAAAAUGCCAAAUAGCCAUCAUUCUCGUCUUCCCUACAAGAGAGAGAGUUCAGUAUCAGUACUAACUCUGUUGCAGCAAUAAAGAGGCUAUUCAUAGAAUUGUGCUGACAUAGAUGGCAAUGCUUAAAAUAAGUGUAAAGAUCCUGAAGGUGACUUUGUCCCUGUGGCAAGGACCUUUUGAAGUCCAAGGUCACAGUCCUGUUCUCUGAUCUGUCUGAGUAGAUCCAUUGGAGCUCCUUGGACCUUAACAGAUGUGCCCAAGUCCUGGUGAAGUCUGUGGUGCUUUUCAGGGAUCUGUUCAGAUGACCCAGAAUGCAGGACAAAAGAUCUGACUCGAUGCUUGAGGAAAAAAGCACUCCUCCUUGUGUAAGGGCUAAUUUUCUGCUAGAUAUUAAGUAUCCAAACUAUUAUUUUUAGCUUUACAACUCAGUUCAGCAACUAGUAGCCACUUGAUAGGAACAAAGUUAAUGUCUUGGGCCAACUUAUGUUACAGAGCUUUACAAAAGCUAAAUCCAGGCUACUUUUAUCAACAGUGCUAUAAAAUGACAAUAAUGUGGUGUCAUUUUUGAGCAAAAUCUCUCAAAAUAUUGUGCAAACUCCAUCUAGCUUGUCUAAACUAACCUUGAAUAAUAAUAGUGGAAAUAGGGCCAAAUAAGCAAGUCUUUAAAAUUUAAACAGGAGAGGUAAUUGAAGGAAAACUAUAUCAGCCAGUCCCUGCAUUGUUUUAAUUUGGCUCUGAUGAGUACUCAAUGUAUUGUCCAGUCAUUAUACAAAUCCCAAACAGUGGAGCUUCCUUCACUUCCCUUGGAAAAUAUUUUUUUAUGCUUUUAGGGUUUUCUUAAUGCAAUCCUAUUACUCCUGAUAACAUCUGUUAUACUGUCCUAAAUAAUGUUUGUCUUCAUAUUUACACCUUCAGAUUACUUGUACACUGAACCCUUAUAGUCAUCGCUUAGCCAAGUCUAAACAUUUAAUGCUUGUAUUCUUUUCUUGUAAAUUGGUUCCAUCAGCUGCUUCCAUUUUUGUUGCUGUUGGUGCUUGUGGUGCUUUAUUGUCAGGGUUGAUGGCCUCUGGGCCAGAUGCAGCCAUUUGGUCCAGCCCCCAGGUGUGGGGCUUUGGCAGCAGUCACAUUCCUGUACUUCUAUGGGUACAAGUGCUGGCUGUAGGUGCUUUCCCCAUGCCACCAUGGGAGAAAAAGUGGGUAUUAGUGCCUGCACAUCUCUGACCUGAACCAGGUCAGUCCAGCCCACAGCCUAAGGUUGCUAACCAGUGCUUUGUUAAUAAAGAGCCAGUACCAAAUAAACACUUCCAGAUGCAUUUGGACCUGAGUCAUGUAGAAGAGUUGUUUCCUUUUUCAGUGAUGCUUUUGUUUUAACAGCCCAAAAUGGUAGACAGCUUCCUGUUGCCUGGAAGUUGCAUUAAGUUGCUGUCCAUCAAACUUCUCAGUCUCUUUUAUUUUACUGCUUCCCAGAUUCCCCUUUUUAUUUUGAAAAUCAUCAGUAUGUUAGCAUUUCUUAAAAUCCAGUACCCCAUCAUUUCCUGUGACCUUUUCCAACAGUUUUCAAGACAUGUAGGUUGCUUGCAGACAUGAAAAACCCCCACAAAAACAUGCUUUACUUUUAACUUGAUGUGCUCCCGUGCCGAGCCCAGCACAUGCCCAAAAGAGGCAGUGUGGUAGUUCAACCUGGCUCUGCAGUGUCUGUUUAGAUUGAGUGCUUUAGUGAAACUUUUUUGCCGCUUUUAUCUAAUAGCUGAUUAAAUCAAAAAGCCCUGCUGAAGCAUCCACUCUACACUGACACUGAAGAGCUGGGUUGAACUAAUGCAUAGCUGCUUCUAGUAAGGUGUGGGGUUUUUUGUUUUUGUUUCACAUCUGCAAGCAGCCAUAGCACAUUCAUUUUUUUUAAGUCCUUUCAUAUCCUAGAAUAUUUGGACGGUCUUAAUUUUUAAAAAAUCCAGUUAGUCCUUCACCUUCUAUUUGUCAAUAGCCAUUUCAGUGUACUGUUUGCCCAUUUCUUCUCUCUUUUCUCUCUUAGUAGUUGUCUUUUCAGAAUGUAGUGACUGCCACUUCACUGGUAGGCUUUAGAGGCUUUACAAGCUCUUCUUCAAUCCUAGAGCAGAUUUUGAUGUUCCUCAGAAAUUGCUUAUAGGAAUCUAGUGUUUCAGACUAUGCUUACUAUGUGUUGAAAUUCUACUGCCUCAGUGGUUGCAAGUCUCCAUUCUCAUAUUCUCAAGGAACUCCUUUCUUUUUGGUGAGCUGGUCAGGGUGGCACAUCUAGCUGAAGGUCUCCACUUUGAGACCUUAAAGCAGACCCUUAACUUAGAGACCACUUUAAAAACCUUUAGAAGUAAAUGUCAAAGCUAAUGAGCAAAAGGGCUAGCUGCAAAGUUUUUUAAAUAUAAGAGUGGACCCUGCUUUGUGAAGCAGUGUGAAACUUUUAUUGGGAUGGGAAGGAGGCAGCAGAGAUAAAAGUGGGUAUAUAAAAAGAAAGAGAAGGCAGUGGCAUUGUUUUCUGGUCCAUUCCCACGUUCCAAUUCCCAAGAGACUUAUUUUACCCUUUUCAUUUAGCUAGUGUCUGACUCCAAGCUUGGUGGGGGGGGGCAGAGAAACACCUAUUGAUGUGUUUUUAUCUUCAUGAAGAUUACAAGCAUCCACACAGAUGAACCUGGUGGGGUGAGUAAGAUUCUAGGGCUAGGCAGUGGUUAAGUCAAAGGCUUUAACCAUGCCUUUGUUUCUUCUCUCGUACUGAAAUUUCUAGUGAAAAAUACCACCGCCUGAAAUGUCUACAAAAUUCUCUAGCCAAAGACUUACCAUGGUGUAGACCAUGGUAGUCGUAUCUUCCCUACCCCACAGUGAAGCAAAUGUCUGAAAUUAUUUGAUACCCAAUUCAAAUUAAAUCUGUAAGUCACCUAAACCAGGGAGGUGAGAGAGUUCUCAAAUGCUAUUAUUAGUGGAAACACCACUUAAUGGAUUAUCAUGUAGAAACCUCUCCACAUUGAUCCUUUCACAUUUGAAAGUGCGCACAUCCCUGUGGCAACAUUGUUAUUGCUUAUGUGGAAAAGUUAGGAAACUAUUACUGUAUUUCUUACUGUCUUGAUGCGACUGAGUAGUUGGAAAAAGGGGAGGCUAUCACAAUGUAAUUAGCCUGAGAAUCUUUCUUUAAGAAAUGAUGCAUGCAAGACAGAUGGUGAAUGAGAAAUAUAGCCACUCCACCUCAAACAGGCAAGAAAUCUAGAACUGAUAUCUUGAACCCUUCUUUAGCUUGAACCAAAGGAUUGCCAUCAGGGUAGAGAUUGUCCAGAGAAGAAUUUAAGGAUACCACUUUUUUUCAUGGAUUUGAGAACAGUCCAACCUGGAUUUGUUUUCAAUUACUCAGGAGCCUGAUUGAGAGUGUUUGUUUAUUAUCAAACAGCAAACAAAAACAGGUGAAUUUAACUGACCACUUGAAGAAUUCUGUUGAGCACAUACAACUGCAAAAUCAUUGUUAUAUAGUCCCAGCAAUUAUAAACAUUGCAGAUACAGGAAGGUAAAGUUUGAAGUAUUCUGAAGAGAGCAAGAAAGCUGGAUUCACCACUGCUUUGCACCUAUGGUAGCGAUUUGGGGCUAGAAUCAGUCUCUGGUUCAGUGACAUUGUUUAGUGCAGAACAUGUGGGAGAGAAGGUACUUGUAUGUUGUUUGGGUCCUGAGGCCAUCUGGGAUCAAAAUAGGGUUUAAUUAAUACUUGGUCCCAAAAGACUAUCCAGUGGCUAGAAAAAAUACAGACUGCAGAGAUGUUCUGGCCAUGCCCAAUUUCCUGCAGAACCGGGGUCCAACAAGUGGGGCUGAAAAGGUGCUAGUUAGGUCUCUACCUUUCUAGUGGAUUUCCCUUAUCACCCAAAUACCCAGCUGUGUUGUCACACCAGGGCCUCAGCUGUACAUGGGAAGUGCUGUAAAACACUGUUUCCUUUGAGUAGAGAAUCCUUGCACAUUGUUACACUCACUUUGAAUAGAUGUACAGGAUUGUGCAAAGCAACAAAGAGUUCGGAUCUGUAAAAUUCAGUGCGCAGAAAGGAAACCAGCACCCCUCAGAAUAACAUGAACUUGGAGAAAUGAGAGGGUGUUGUACCUCUCUAGAUUUUUAUUAAGUUGCUGGUUCCGUGAUAUUGUGGUGCAUAUUGCAUUACUAUUCCACUAGCAAAAAAUUCACAAAAAUAAUAAUUAAACACUUCUAUGUUCAUUUGCAACUACUGCUCAAUUUUGUAUGGUAAAGGGAAAUGCAGAAGUUUUAGAUCAAGGCAAUACAGCACUUAUCUGUGUUCCACAAACGUGUCCCAUUAGGCAGCAGUCAGUUUCCCUGUGAGUAAGCACUAAUGCCCAGGGAUUCCAAUUUUUAAAUUAACUUCCUUUUACAUAUAGAAAGGAGCAAAUGUUGUAAUUUUUUGAUCAACUCCUUGCAACCUUUAUAUUUUCACAUCUUGCCACUUUACACUAGCUGGAUAUACAGCCCAGAGUGUUUUUCAUGUUGGAGCCAGUUUUUCUGUUCACUUGCAUAAAUGCAGCAUUAUAAACUCAGUAUUUGAUGUUGAUGCUAAACAUAGGGGAUUUGUUUUCUUUCUCCAGGUUCCUAGUAUUGGUUAUCUCUAAUUCCUUCCUCUGCUACCCACACCCAUGCCUUCUUCCACACUUUUCACUCAAGGUCCUUUUAUCCUGCAUACCUGAAUGUAGUGCAGGCAGAGAGCAUUCAAAAGUCCAUUGAAAUGUCUGAUCAAUUAGAAAGGGGCUUUUGAUUUGUAUGUACCCCACUUGAACUAGGAAGACCAAGCUAAAGGAAGGGAUGAUAAUAAUAAACAUCAAGUAUCUAUUGGUAAGAUCUUACACCUGCUGUAUUUUUGGUACAAAUUGGAAUCAUCUGCUAUAUGGGUGUCUUAAGACUGUCUAGUACCCACAGGGAAGAAUAAACUGGAUAUGCAGUUCAUUUUUAUGUUUGUCAGGGUGCUAGUAAACAUGUGAAACUCGAUGGUGCAGUAUACUUACUUAGAAUGUGGGGUUUAAAACAUUCCCUUAUGAAGGUGUAAAUGCCAGGGUUUUUUUUCCAGAUUUCCACUUUUAUUAUGGAAGCCAUUUAGCAUGUCACCUGCACCUGUCCUCUUGGCAGAUCAAGUCUUGCACUACAAUUGAGUAAUGGAAUCUCCUGUAGGAAGGCUUAAAAUCCUAGUACCUUUUUUGUGAAACCUAAAUUGCUUCAAUUCAAAAUCUCUGCUAUGGGUUUACUAAAAGAUAACCUUUGAAAAUAUCUUCCUUUUAAUAUCCAAUGCUGUAGCUUUUAAACUUUUGAUUAAAAGCAUAUUGGCUAAUGUCUUCUGUGCUGCAAUAAUACUGGGAUUGCUUUGAGCUAUUUUUAGCCUAUAUUACGCAUGUGAAGAAAAAGUUUUGCUCUUUGUAAAUUAUGAAAGCAAAUAAACUGUGUAAUCUGUUGUCUCCAAAGCCAGCACUAGCUGGUGUGAGCAAGAGGUCAGUAGAUAUCCCUGCAUUUUUUAAAUGCAUUCACUGGACACUAGCAUGAGAACACAGGCUUGCAUUUGGGUAGAUUAGGAUAGUCACAAGGCAACCUUGAUGGUGUAUAUUUUCCCUGCUAAAUAAUAUUAAUUUUGUUCAGUUCUUGGUUUAAGCUUUAAUAAAGCUUCUGUAGUAAAGACAAGUUAGAAGAAGAUGAACCAUUUCACCAUUAAGUCAGCAGCUUCUUCAGUGUUGUGCAAGCUGCACAACCCCUUCCUCCCAGCCAGUUGGGAGCUGCCAAAGCAGAGCUGGAAGGAGGCCUAGGUGUUACCUGGUGUUUGAGUUAUUCUUGAUUUAUCAAAAGGCACAUGACAUUCAAUUGUUUAAAUCGUUGAAAAACCAGUGACCUGGCAAACAGUGCGCCUGGCACAGGUGCUCAUGUGCUGAAAAAUGGGACAAUAAUAACAAAAAGGCAAGAUCACAAAUGUAGUAAUUUUGUGUGAAGGUUGAUUCUCUUUAGGAACAUAGGGAUUGUCAUAGCAACAGACCCAGUGGCUUAUCUAAUCCAGUACCCCACCUGUGAUAGUGGCUAGUAUUGCAUGCUUUAGCAGGAGAGGUACAAAAUAUUGUAGUGGCAAGCACAAAAUAAAGGGAAUACCUCCUUAUCUACUUCCCUUAGGUAGUGGUUGGCCUCUACCUUGAAAAGAAGGCAAGGGGGUGCCUCAGAUGUCCACACAAGCAUCCAGUCAAUUCUAUAUUGUGUUUUUUGUUGGGGGGUUUUUUGUUUAUUUUUGCUGUUUUUAAAGUGCUCUAAUACACUGUAAUGGAAAAUUCUACCUCUGGAAAAUGUACUGGUUUGUCCUGGAUGGGUAUUGAUUGUCCUGCUCUACCUACCUCUUCUCCCCCAUGGACAUAGGAUGUUGGUCUUUAUAUAUAAUUUACCUGGUAUUACAGUCAAACUUUGUUGUUUUUGUCAUUCCCAGGAUCAACUCCCAGUAUCCGUUCUAUAGACAGUCUAUUUGUCCCCUUUUUGUUGCCUGUUACAGCAAGUAAUUUGCAUGAAAAUUUGCACACAAUUAGCAUCUCAACCAAUUGGUAGUUUCCUUCAGACCUCUAGGAUGCAUACCAGCAGGUCCUACUGCCUAGCUACACAUGAAGUUAACCAUUUGUAUGCCAGUCUGACAGUGUUUCACUUUUGUUACCAGCAAACAGUGAGGCCAAGCUAAGCAUCUGCCUGGGAUCUGAGGUGGUAAAGAGUAGUUCACUGCUUUUCUACAAUGCCCUUAUUCCUCAACUUUUAGUAGACUCGUUGAGCUUCAGGCUAGAAGAGACCAUAAAAUGAACUAGCCUGACACUCCAGGCCAUGAAAUUUAACUCAAGUUGCCAUUGCACUGAGCCCAGUAACGUGUGUGCGGUCCAUUCUCCAUUUACUCCCAUGUUGUGUCUCAAGACUUCCUGCUUCUGAGGUGCUUAAAAAACACCACUUUGUUGGGUAGAUCUUUGGUUGCGUUUCCAAUUCCUCCUUAACCCUCCUAAUUCCCAGCUGAUUUUUAGCUGCCAUUGUUUACCAUCCUUCCUAUGAACUUCAUUUGGGCUUUUCAAAUGAUACCUGCUUAAAGUAAAAUGAAGCUUUAGCUCUUGCUGUUCUACCUGGCUCUCUUUCCUUUGCCAUCCUGUUUCUUUCUUGGGAGCAGGGGGGAGAGGGAUGGGUGAGCUGCUUCUUGUGACUGACAAAAGGCUGAUUCAGGUUGCACCAAGUCAAAGCUAUUUUAAUGUUCUUGUCAGGGUUGUCCUGACUUGGCAUCCUCAUUUUUUAUUUAAACUCCCCCUUCUACAUUUUCUGUUGUUUGAUGCAAGGCCUCCCCUAGGAAUGUUGGGCUUAAUUACAUUGUUCUGGAUUGUUAAUAACUUGCAUGAUACUUAAGACUAUGCUGAGUACAGCUUCCCACGUUUCAAUUUUUUUUUCUUCAUGAAGAAAUUAAGUGUGCAUAUUGCUCCUCUAAAUUACAUCCCAUCUGCCAUUUGGCCAAUUUAUAUGCAGGUAGUCAAAGCUCUCCUCAUCAGUAUUAUUUUUACUAGGCGUUGUCCCUCUGUAUUAUUUUCCCUCAUUUGUGUACUCUGGUCCACUGAAAGCAAUGGAUUAGAUUCCUUAUGAACUUGAAUGGCAUAUAGAUCAGAACUUCAGUAUUACUUCAUGAUCUGGAGGCUAGUGUUCAUAACUGCAAGUACUUGUGUUACUCUGUUAUUUGGAAUUUCUUUCUAUACCGAUUCUGCCGAAUGGUUUUUCUUCACUCAUGGUCUAGCUUGGUAAUGUUUCUAUGGAGUUUUCUAGGGAUAGCAUGGCUACUUCACUUCUUCUAGUCUCUCUUGAGUGUGUCCCACUACUUUGUUUUCAUUGCACCAUUUUUUAGUAAUGCCUCGUUUUGCUUUUAAGCUGUCGUCCAUUGUUACAUGGACACAUCCAGUCUUUAUUUUGAUCCUUAGGUCAUUCUUUAGUCAAUACCUUUCUCUAGCACACUUAUUCUUCAGUAAUAUAUCUCAGCUUGUCCCUUUCCAAGUUCAGCUAGAAUAUCUGCCCUACCCUUCAGUGCAAGAUGAUAUGGAGUAACUCGAAUUGCUUACAUUCCUACCAGAAGUCUCUGUCCAACAUGUCUUUUCUUACGUUUAAGGGUUUUUCCAUCUACAGAUACGUUCUCUCCAACUGAGCAUUCAAAAACUUAUCCUUCAUAGUCAAGGAUGUUACGCACAAACCAAAGUAGUACAUGUUUAUUUACAGGAUGGAAGUAUAAAACCAUUGUUAAAAUAUAGCUUUUAGUUUGGCCAUGCAUGAAAAAGGUGUUUGAGUUCAGAGUAAACAGAUUCAAGACAAAAAUGUCCUUGUCUGGCUGUGUGAAUUUAGAGUGAAAUGUAGCAUUGCAUCCUGUACAUUUACAUUAAAUGUGUUUCUAGCUGCCUUCA